AUGUCUUCAAGUACCACGCCUCCAAACAAUAUGGCAGGUAGCGCGGCGAAUUUGACCGCGCCCAGCAACACUGCGGUGUUCGACUCACAGUCUAUGACACCUUCUAAUAAAAUGACCGAUGACGGUUUCGAUUUGAAAGCAAAUCCUGAAAAAACCGUCGAAAUCCCACAAAAACCGCUUUCGGAUUACGUCCUCGUCAUGAGUCUGUGUCUGAUGGUUGCAUUCGGUGGAUUUGUAUUCGGCUGGGAUACCGGUACCAUCUCCGGUUUUGUUAACAUGACAGAUUUCAAGCGCCGUUUCGGUGAGUUUGAUGCUUCAAAGGGUGAAUAUGUUUUGUCCAGUGUUAGAACCGGACUUAUCGUUGGUAUUUUCAACAUCGGCUGCGCCGUUGGUGGUCUAACCCUAGGUCGUCUUGGUGACAUUCAAGGCCGUCGCUUGGGAUUGAUGAGUGUCAUUGCCGUCUAUGUCGUUGGAAUUGUCAUUCAAAUUGCCUCCACCGACAAAUGGUACCAGUACUUUAUCGGUAGGAUUGUCUCGGGUUUGGGAGUUGGCGGAAUCGCCGUCUUGUCACCAACACUGAUUUCGGAAACUGCACCAAAACACUUGAGAGGAACGUGUGUUUCUUUCUACCAAUUAAUGAUUACCUUGGGUAUUUUCAUGGGCUACUGUACUAAUUACGGAACUAAGACCUACUCCGACUCCGUGCAAUGGAGAGUUCCUCUAGGUCUAUGCUUCAUGUGGGCUAUUUUCAUGGUUGCCGGUAUGAUUUUUGUUCCAGAAUCUCCACGUUUUUUGAUUGAAAAGGGAAGAUUGGAAGAAGCUAAACGGUCGCUAGCCAAGUCUAACAAAUUGAGCGCCGAAGACGAAGGAAUCAUUGCCGAAGUGGAUCUAAUCAAUGCUAGCGUUGAAGCCGAGAAAUUGGCCGGCAACGCCAGAUGGAGCGAGCUUUUCUCCCCCAAGGGCAAAAUCGUCCAGCGUGUCAUUAUGGGUGCUGUCAUUCAAUCUUUGCAGCAACUUACCGGUAACAACUACUUUUUCUACUACGGAACUACCAUUUUCCAAGCUGUCGGACUAGAAGACUCUUUCCAAACUUCUAUUAUCUUGGGUGUAGUGAACUUCAUGUCCACUUUUGUCGGUUUGUACACGGUUGAGAAGUACGGUCGUCGUAGAUGCCUGUUGGUGGGAUCAGCCGCCAUGGCCGUGUGCUUUGUGAUUUUUGCAUCCGUGGGUGUCACCAGACUGUGGCCAGACGGAAGAGGUGCACCAUCGUCUAAAUCCGCUGGUAACGCUAUGAUCUUUUUCACCUGUUUGUUCAUCUUUUUCUUUGCCACAACCUGGGCCCCCAUUGCGUAUGUCAUUGUGGCGGAAACUUACCCACUUCGUGUGAAGAACCGGGCCAUGGCCAUUGCUGUGGGCUCUAACUGGGUGUGGGGGUUCAUCAUCGGGUUCUGCACUCCCUUCAUCACCUCGGCGAUCAACUUCUACUACGGCUACGUUUUCAUGGGCUGUUUGGUUUUCUCGUUUUUCUACGUGUUCUUUUUCGUGUGCGAGACCAAGGGUUUGACGCUUGAAGAAGUGAACGAGAUGUACCAAGAGGGUGUGCUACCGUGGAAGUCUGAGCAAUGGGUUCCACCUUUGAGGAGGGGCGAGUUUGUCAGCACCACCGAAUCCAUGCAGUCAAAUGUAUGA